CUGUACUAUUUCCUGUGCCCACCCCAGAGUCUCAGCCACAAGUCAAGUCCUUCAGUGCACUAGCAAGGUGAUAGUGAGGUGGUUACUGGUACUCAUGGAAUACACACCGCCCCUCACUGACAGCAAUAUUAGGAAACAUAGGAGUCGAGAAAUUGAUGGCAUACGAGAGCAAAACCAGUUGUUCCCAUCCUCUGCUCUGUCCUGGUGAUUAGAAAGUUAUUACUGCUAUACAAGUGUGGAGGAAGUAUCAUACCAAGUCAAGAAUUGACUACUACCUUCUUCCACAAACCUAAGAGUCGCUACAUUCUUAAGUGAUGUGCCUGUGUGGUUGUAGUCAACAUCAAUGCCCGUCCUGGUGUUACUGAGGUUUUAACAUCGCAAACAGAUGGCUUCAGGCAGAUGUCUGUUGCCAGAUCUGAACCGACAAGCAAGCCAACUGAGCUCAGCCAGAUUCAUCUCACCCUGGAUGUGGUUGGUAGCUAUGAGGUUGUGAAUGGGGUGGAACGGGCAAUCCUACCUUUUGAUGACAAGAUAGUGGAAAACAGGAGCUAAGGAGCACAAUGCCAAAUGAUCUUCAACCUUUACCAUAUCUGAACAACUUCACUGUGCAAGGGGGGAAGAGUAUGAUAAAGCCCUAGCAGAAAGCACUUUGACAACCAAGGGCAAGAGACAUCUCACCUUUGAUACUCCAAUGUUUUUUGUCCAUGGUGCUGGAGGUAUAAAAACGGAGAGUUGUUUUGCUGAGGAAAACAUUGGUGUUCUUCCGGUGGAAUAAUGAAGGAGAAGAAGACUCUCAUCCCGACCCAACUGGAUCUUGGAGACAAGGAUCAGCAGACAACUCCUGCACUGUCCAGGUUUAUGCCAUGGAUGUGGUGCCAGAGGGUGAUGACGUAAUCCCUUUGGAAUGUAGCGAUGAAGCGGAAGAGCUCCGCGGAUUAUUUGGACUUGCAGACAUCCUGCCUACCUUGCCACACAAAGAUGAAGCCAAAGAAGGAGCGCUUGUUGUGGGAGGUCUACAUGAGAAUAUCAGCCUCCUCGACCUCAGUUCUGUUGAGCCAUCCCCAGCUGGCAGUUCAGGCCCCAGCCUGAGGAGUCCACUUCUCUCCAGUCUGAGAUCCAGCCACAAGAGAGUAGCCAUUCAUCUGAACCAGUCCCCAGACACCAGGGGAGAGAGAAUGACAUGACCAAACCCAUGGAGUGGCCAAGACAACAACCAAGGGGUGCUGGUCAUAGGAGGGACUUGCAAGAGUUGGGAGUGCCCCUGUCAUGCCACUCCUGAUGACAGACACCGAGACGCUGUUGCCUGAUGCCAUAUAUCGAACAUACUAGAUUUGUGACUGUGUAGUUGUUAGAAUACUUUGUUGGUUUACCUAGCUAGUUUAAAUGCUGGACUUUCAAUUUUUAUAUGUGACAGGGCUCUGCACAUACCGUAAUGUUCUACAUAAUUAUGCGCAACACCACAAUAUUCAACUGCUCACGCUCGCUCACCAACAAUGUGUUGCAUUCCUCUAUAAUUUAUUAUGCUCUAAUC